AUGCCUCCGCAACCGAGUGGUAAAGCCGUGAAGAAGGCGGGAAAGGCCCAGAAGGCCGUCCGCGCCGGCGAUAAGAAGAAGCACCGGAAGAGGAGGAAGGAGUCCUUCUCCAUCUAUAUCUACAAAGUGCUGAAACAGGUCCACCCGGACACCGGCAUCUCAUCCAAAGCCAUGUCAAUCAUGAACUCCUUUGUGAACGACAUCUUCGAGCGCAUCGCCGCCGAGGCCUCCCGUUUGGCGCACUAUAACAAGCGCUCGACUAUCACU